AUGCUCUUUCCAAAGCUCCUUUACGUUUGCCUCUAUACUAUCUUCGGCUCAGCUAUCGCCUAUAUAGCCUUGUUUUAUGAUAGUGCGCUUGGCUUGCCGUCAGAUCAAAUUGGUGUGUUGCUUGCAAUAGCUCCCUUCGUUCAAAGUAUUGCUUGUCCUUUAUGGACGCUGAUUGUCGACCGACGCCCCAAUUUACACGGCCCGUUAAUGAGCGUGCUUGCUCUCGUGGGUGGUGCAAGCAUCAUGUCACUCAUGUUCCUCCCAUCUUGGCUUUCAAGCAAUCAAGAAGAUUCCUCAGACAGUGGUUUAUCUCUGAAGUUUGUCGCAACCGCAUCCUUUGCUCUGUUGUUUGCCUUUUUCGGUCAACCUCUCCAAGUACUAGUUGACAGUGCUGUGCUCAAGAUCUUGGGGGACCAAAAGAUUUUAUAUGGCAAUCAGCGGCUAUGGGGAUCAGUUUCCAACGGCAUCAAUAUUCUGCUCGUGGGCUUAUGGAUUGGUGCAGCUGGCAUUGAUAAGGCAUUUUAUAUAUUUGCAUUUGGCAUCAUUGCAUUUGCCUUGCUUGCAAUAUUUACUCGGUUCCCAACAGAAGAAGGAGGACAAUGGGAAAACAACAACGAAGCUGACGAGCAACGUUCUUUACUUCGGAAGCCAAUUAGUAUUCACCAGCAAUAUCAGCAAUAUCAGCAACAGCAACUUUCAAUGCACAACAGCUUAUCCGAAUAUGUGGAUCCACUACCACGUCGAGACAGCAUGGCAAGCUACGCCAAUACUGAAAUUUUGGAAGAUGGCAUAGAUGACAGGCGUUUGGGGCUAUUAAGAACAGCAACAUCAAUGCUCGAUGUACAAACAGAAGCUAGUCAGCGUAUUGCCAACAUGGAUCAUCUACCGCCCAUUGGCCUUGCUUUAUCCAACAUUCCCACUGUCGAAUCUACUCUCGCUGCAUUUGCGGACCUUGGUCGUCCAGAGUCGAAACCACCACAAAAGUCCACGUUGACGACUCCACGUGUGUGGUCAUUCCUGCUCACUAUGCUACUACUUGGCAUCUCAUAUGCUAUGGUUUCUCAAUUCCUCUUUUUGUUUCUAUGCAACGAUCUCAAGAUUGAUUCGUCAUUAAUCGGAUGGACUGGCCCUAUCGGUGGUAUUGCAGAAGUAACAACCUUCUGGGUGUCCAAUAAGUUAUUGGAAGAGUUUACCGUGUCAAGUUUGAUCUCACUCGCUCAUAUCGGAUUAAUUGUUCGUAAUCUUGUGUACUCGACGUUAUCGCCUGGUAACUCCCUGUCAACUGUGUUGGCACUUGGAAUGCAUUUUGCAAGUGGAUCUGGAUACGCACUAGCAUGGUCGACUGCUGUAUCUGAAGUUGAUACGUUUUUCCCACCUGAUCAGCGCGCUAUUGCACAAGGCAUUCUAGCAGCUCUAUUCAAUGGGCUUGGUUUUGGCCUAGGAUGCAUAUUGGGUGGCAUGGUGUAUGGGCGAUGGGGAGCAGUGGCACUUAUCCAUACAGCAUCUUGCGUAGCUGCACUGAGCUUACUCGUCUUCCUUGGUGGUCGAAAUAGUAGAAGCACUAGCGUUAGUAACAGUAGUAACAAUACCAGGCAUUAA